CGGCGCGCGGCGCCACGCCCUGUCUCCCCUGGUCGCUCCCCGCUGACCCUCCGUCCCCCGCAUCCCACGCGCGCAAUUCGCAGCCCCGAGCGAGCGAGCACCUGCUCUGCUCCCGGAUCAAGACAAGCUUCAACUCGCGCACUUGUUUACGCCCGCCCGCACGGGCACGGCCAGCCACGACGCCGCGGCGGAAGCUGCCCAGCAGCCGCGCCUCCCCUGGCGGUGCCGAGUGCCGACCCUUAAAAAACCACAGCCGCGCGAGCGCUGAUCGGUGCCUAGCACAGUUGGCACACACACACACACGCGUGCAGUGACAGUGAGAGAGAGAGUGACAAAAACACAGAGACCCGGCGAUGGCUGGCCCGCCGCCGCUGAGGCUCAAGGACCUCCUGGAGCUGGACUGCGACUCGUGCAGCGCCGCGGGCUUCCGCUGCUACCCGCGCCGCCUGGCCGAGUCGGCGCCAAUGCGGCACCUCCUCGAGUCGUCGCCCUCCCUGCGGCGCCGCCGCCGCCCCGGCAAGCUGUCCCACCUCUCCAGGAGCCUCUCGCGCCGCCUCAGCAGGGGCGGCGGCGGCUUCUGGAGGCGGAGAGACGUCGACGAGGAGGAGGAGGAGGUCGCCGACGCCGCGGUGGCGACGACGACGACGACGACGGGCCCGCCCGCUUGCUGCGGCUCUAGCUCCGAGGAGCAGGAGACGUCGUCGUCGUCGGAGUCCAGCGACAACUCGUCCGAGAGGACCAGCAGGAGGUCACGGUCCGAAUCCGAGUCCGAGUCCGACUUCUCGUCGGCGACCGAGGAGAGCGCGCACCAUCAUCCUUCGCAGCCCGCCGCCGCCGCCGCCGCCGCCGGAGACGAGCACGAGGUGGCGAUGAAGAGCGCGUCCAAGGAGGGGUCCAGCUCCGGGUCGGAGGCGGGCGACAAGGAGCAGCAGCUCAGCCCGGUGGGCGUCAUGGACUUCCCCUUCGACGACGACGACGAGGAGGACGAGUCGCGGGACGCCGGCGUCGCGUGCUCCCCUUCUUUCAGCCUCGCGCGUCUCCAGAGGAGAAAGACGCACAAGAUCCGACGGCUCGGGAGCGGCGGCGGCGACGACGAGCUGGCGCCCCUGGAUCUCGAGGCGCUCCUGGCCACGACGCAAGACUCGGACUCGGACCCCGACCGCCCCGCCGACGAGCAGAUGAUCCAGUGCCGUACGGGAGGCGCGGCGGCGGCCACGCCGACAUGCGCAAGCCGCGGUCAUGGUCACGGUCACCGCCGCGUCGCUGGCGUUUUUGGCGUGCCAGACGAGGACGACGACGACGACGGCCUCGUCUCGCUGCUCACGCGCACGGUCUCGGCUGGCCUGGACGGCGUGUCGGAACGGCUUCUGCUCGACUUCUUCGUGGAGGUCACGAAACGCCGGCGGUCGGAAGCGCACGCCGAGCCGUGCAACAAGCUCCCUGGGCCGGCGGCCGGUCUGCUGCGACGGGAGGCUGAGCGGCUGCUGGUAGACGGCGAGGCUGUGGCAGCGGCCAGGGGCUGGCUGGAGGGAACGGCGAAUGGGCGGUGGGGCUUGAAGGACGUGCUCAGUGGCGGCGGGGCGGACAUCGUGGCGGAGAUGGGGCGGGGCCGCAGGUGGAUGCAGGUCGGCGAGGAGGAGCGGGAGGUCGUCGCGUUGGUCACGGGGAUGCUGGUGGAUCAACUGGUGGGCGAUGUGGUGAGGUGUUUGGCUGUGUAGGUUUGUUCCUUCAGAUAUGAAGUUGAUGUAAGUAACGUGCUAGGAAAUCGAACAUAUUGCAAAUGAUUAGUAAGAAAACUAGCUUGGC